CGCCUGCCUCAAAGGGACCUGGAAAACUCCAUUCAUCUUUUCUGCUUGAAACUGACCGGAUCUGGGAAACUGGAUGCUUCCCUGCCCAGGGCAUCUUGGCCCUCUUGCUUCCUCGCUUCUUCGCACAAGUCCCGUCGUCGGAUCUCGCCGAAGGCUGGAUGGAGCUGCGGUUUGGAUGCUAAGAGACUGAGAAACGGGGGUGGGUGGGGGGGAAACUACUCCUAAACCCAUCCUGGGGCCCCCCAAGGAGGCGAGAAGGACCCUGCCAGCCUCCCAUGCCUGGCCCACAGAAGGCAGCAUCAACAGCAGCAUCGCCACCAUGGCAAGGCCUGGUCCGGGGGCGCUGCUCUUUGCCAACGGGUUGGGCUUCCCCCCCAGCAACGUGGCCCGGGUGGUGGUGUGGGAAUGGCUGAACGAGCACAGCCGGUGGAGGCCCUACACAGCGGCCGUCUGCCACCACGUCGAGAACAUCCUGAAAGAAGACGCUCGGGGCAGCGUGGUCCUCGGACAGGUGGAUGCCCAGCUGUCUCCGUACAUUAUAGAUUUACAGUCCAUGCACCAGUUCCGUCAGGAUACAGGGACCAUGCGCCCGGUCCGGAGGAAUUUUUAUGACCCUUCUUCCGCUCCCGGCAAAGGGGUGGUAUGGGAGUGGGAGAAUGACAACAACUCCUGGACCCCUUACGAUAUGGACAUCUGCAUCACCAUCCAGAACGCCUACGAGAAGCAGCACCCCUGGUUGGACCUCUCCUCCUUGGGGUUCUGCUACCUGAUCUACUUCAACAGCAUGUCGCAGGUGAACCGCCAGACCCAGAGGAAGCGCCGUCUACGGCGACGCAUGGAUUUAGCCUACCCGCUCAUCAUGGGCUCCAUCCCCAAGUCUCAAUCCUGGCCAGUGGGGACCAACUCUGGCCACCCUUGUUCGUGUCAGCAGUGCCUGCUGGUCAACAGCACCCGGGCAGCAUCCAACGCCAUCUUGGCUUCCCAACGCCGGAAAGUCUACGCGGGCAAUAACAACGGGACGCUGGCAGUCCGCCAGAGCAAUACAUUCAACGGGACGGCCUUGUGGUCUUUGGGGGCUGUGCCAGCAGGAGGGAUGUCCAAGAUGGAACAGUCACGUUCCACCAACGGGGUGCCAGCUGCCACCACCUUCUCCCGAAGUCAGAGCGCACCCAACAAUACUCAAGUUCCGGGUCAAAAUAAUCUGAACCGACCUGGGACACAGCGGGCGGCCAUCCUAAGUAGCAGAGCCUCCAUCCCACCUGGGGUUCCUGCUCUCCCAGUGAAGAAUCUGAAUGGAACUGGUCCAGUCCACCCUGCUUUGGCAGGAAUGACCGGCAUCUUGAUGUGUGCAGCAGGUUUGCCUGUCUGUCUAACGCGAGCUCCAAAGCCCAUCUUGCACCCCCCACCUGUCAACAAGAGCGACAUGAAGGCAGUGCCGGGCAUUACUGGCAUUUGCCGUAAAACCAAGAAGAAACAUUUGAAGAAGAGCAGAAACCCCGAGGACGUGGUACGACGUUACAUCCAGAAAGUUAAGAACCCUCCUGACGAGGUGAGUGGUCCCACUUUCUGCCCGUUAAAUCCAGAAGUCUGUUAA